UGGAAAAUACAGAUUUUAAGCCGUUAGUAGUGAAACACCUGGGAGCAACUUUUGUUCAGAUUAUUUUGGGUUGAAAUGAAUUUAUUUCUUGGAGAACUUCUGGAAAGACGAUUUUCUACGUUUCUUUGAGCAUAAAUCAUUCCCUAGAGAUGAAAGAAAGAUCGAAAAACGCUGCAAAGACGCGCAGAGAGAAGGAAAACGGAGAGUUUUGUGAGCUGGCGAAGCUGCUUCCUCUGCCGGCGGCCAUCAGCUCCCAGCUGGACAAGGCCUCCAUCAUCCGCCUGAGCAGCAGCUACCUCCGGAUGAGAGCGCUCCUCCCACACGGUCUUGGAGAAGGGUGGGACAGCUUACCAAGUUUCGGUCCUCUGGGCAGCUUGACCAAGGACCUGUGCUCCCAUCUUUUACAAACUCUAGAUGGCUUCCUGUUUGUCAUUGGACCCGAUGGGAAAAUAAUGUACAUCUCGGAAACAGCAUCAGUCCACCUCGGCUUAUCCCAGGUAGGGCCCUCCCUCCUUCAGGUGGAGUUAACAGGAAAUAGUAUAUUUGAAUACAUCCACCCAUCAGACCACGAUGAGGUGACAGCAAUACUAAGUGCUCAACAGCCACGGCAUCACUACUUCUAUCCAGAAUAUGAAAUUGAGCGAUCCUUCUUUUUGAGGAUGAAAUGCGUCCUUGCAAAAAGGAAUGCUGGGUUAACCUAUGGAGGCUAUAAGGUGAUCCAUUGCAGUGGCUACCUGAAGCUGCGUCUACACCGGACUGAGAUGACACUGUACGAAUGCUGCUAUCAGACUCUGGGUCUAGUGGCGGUGGGUCACUCCCUGCCCCCCAGCGGGAUCACUGAGAUCAAACUUUACAGCAACAUGUUCAUGUUUCGGGCGAGCCUCGACUUGAAGCUCAUCUUUUUAGACAUGAGGGUUACCGAGCUGACAGGUUAUGAGCCUCAGGACCUUGUAGAGAAAACCCUAUACCACCACGUUCACACCUGGGAUGUUCUGCAACUGCGUUAUUCCCACCAUCUACGUGAGUUAUCCAACCGUCCGGGUAGAUGUCAGGGUGGCAGUUAAAUGGACUAGUUUUAACUA